AUGUUGACUUCUGCUCAUGAAACUGAGGAAGGAAUCCCAGUAGAUGAUCCUGAUUUUUUUACUUUGGACCGCAAGUGGUCUUUGUUAAAUUUUUUGCUAUUUCGACAACAAUGUACUGAUUUCCGUGCCGACAGAUGUGGAGAACACAACCGAUAUGUUCGUAGCCUCGCAAGUAUUAUCAGCUAUGAACAAGCAUCCACAGAAUUGAUUGAACGGGCUAGCGACGCGCUUAGUUUGAAGGAUUAUCCAAAAGAAAGCGAAACAGAAAUUGUUAAUACCGAGCAAAACUCAGAGGAAAGUGAUACAAAAGUGAUUAAUGCCAAACAAAAUUCAGAGGAAAAGGAUGAGGAAGAACAUACGAGAAGGUAUAAUCUUAGAAAACAAGAAAGAUUUAAUUAUGCUGAGAUCUCUGAUUCAGAUAUAUAUUAUUAUCAGACUUAUGAACGUGAAUUGAUGCCCUGCCCUAUAACUCGGAAUCCUUUAAUUAUAACACCAAACAAACCAAUUAUAACAAGAACAACCUACAAUCAAAUUUCAACGCAUAUAAUUUGUGCCUUCAACGCAACAGUACAUCUUGUUAAGGAAACAACAGAAAAGACUUUAUAUGAAGAAAUCGAAAAAUUUCUCAGGAUGAGAAACAAACUGAUUUUAAAAAGUUCAAUAACUAAAAAACUUGGUGUAAUCUUCCAGACAGAUUAUUCAGAAAUUAUUACGAAAACAAUGAUAGAGACAGAAAAUGAAAAAGAUAGCGAAACAAGCGAGGAAUCUAGGUUUCUUUUUUUUAUAAGGCACACCUUACUAGAUUUUGUUGCAAUGUUCAAGUAUCUAUCACCUAAGGUUUUAGUUCGGGAUAUGUCUGAAAGAUCAUACAUUGUUGAAUGCCUUUCGCCGAUUCUUCGUGCAUUCAGAAAUGCAUUUCCCAAUGUGAAAUAUGAGUGGAUUGAAAAGGAUGUCAAAUCAUUAAGAGAUGCGAGCAAUAUGUUUAUGAUUGAUGUGAGACCCCAAAAAGCUGAUCUGCUAGUUUUGAGGUUAACAGAUGCAACUGAAAUUUUAUAUAUUGAGGUGUCUGGGCCACCUUAUAAACCCAACAAAAAACAUACAGUCGGGGAUGCAAAAAAAUUACUCAUGAUAGCUAUUUGUAAUUUGUGCAGAAUACUUUCAAAUAACUUUGAUUGUCCAAUAGAUGAUGCCAAGAAAGUCAGGUCAUACAGUAUUCAAGCAAUUGGAGACCGGUUAACUCUGUUUGCCAUUUCCCUUGUUGAUAAAAAAAAAAAAACUUCAGAAAAAAUUCGUUCUUUCAUUCCUUCGGUUGGCGGUGAUAUUGAAGGUUUACGAGAAUGGAUACAUUUACCUGAUGAUGAUUUAACGCCUGCAACGGAAGAUGAUAUAGAUGAACUCUCUUUAUAUGGUACUCAAUAA